AUGAUUGAAACUGAUAUCACUAUGAAUUUUGCUGAUAUUGCUGGCGGAUUGUUCAUUAAUUCCUUGUAUCUUUAAUUAACAAAGGGAUUGGAUGUUAUUAUAGUCAAUAAUAAUUCAACUCUAUAUGGCAAUAAUUUUGUAGAAAAACCAAGCUCUUUAACGUUAUCAUUAAAUGGAGGGUCGACUCUUUUAGAAAAAUAACUCUUUGUUAGUUCUGAAAAUGAGAUAGUUGAACAAAUUAUUAUCCAUCCUUAUAAAACAUAUGGUUUAUCAGUUUCAUAAAUAUAUCUGAAGUUGCCAUCUGGGUUGAUUAUUUAAGAUUACAAAUAUUUUGAUCACUUUACUUUAAAACCUAUUCCUUAUAAUUAUCGAUUGAGAGUUAUUGCUCUUGACAAAUUUAAAAAGUAAAUUAAAGGCUUAGAUAAUUCAUAUUGUACUCUUUCGCCUUUAGUUUAUAACAUUUCUGCUAAUGCUGAGGAAUUUAAUGUUACAUUUAGCCUUUCCUUUUAUAAUGUUAGUUUUAAUUAAUCUACUGGCGAUUAUAAUUUAGAUAAUUUAGUAAUCUAUUUCAAUCCAAAUUAUAGCGAAGAUCUUGUUUUAAGGCUUUUUAUUAAAUGUGAUGCUGUUUCAGUCCCAUAAUAUAAAGAUAAACCGCCAUAUUUAAUAGAUAAAACUAUGAUGUCUUAUAAAAUAUUUGUGGACAUUCAAACAUUUCCUUGUCAAAUAGGAGAAUUUUUGAAUUAUACUUCUGGGGGAUGUGUAAAUUGUGAUCCAUAUAAAAAUUAAUAUUCUGUUUAAUUAGAGGCAAAAAGCUGUAGUUAUAAGGAUGAUUCAAAAAUAAACUCAAUAAAGUCUUCAAUGAUUGAAUUAAGGCCUUCUUAUUGGAGAACCUAUUACUACAGCGACAAUGUGGAAUAUUGUUACCAUCUUCCUUAAAAUUGUAUGGGUGGCUGGCUGCCUGGGGAUUCUUCGUGUUUAUUAGGGCACAUUGGAGCUCUAUGUGAAUAGUGUGAUCUAUAUGAUAUAAGAGGCAAUGGCUAGUUUUCAGUGAGCUAAGAUUUCCAAUGUGGAAAUUGCGAUUAAAUUUCUUAUAAUAUCUUCAUAACUAUUUUAAUAAGUCUAUGGACUCUCCUUUCAGUUUUAUUAUCAGUUAGUAGUACUGUUGCGGUAAUGAAAGACUUUAUUAGAGAAAUAAGAUUAAGGUCUUAUGGAAUAUCUCAUUCUAUCAAAGAAGCAUCUCCUGCUAUUCUAAUUAAAAUAUUUACAAAUUAUUUAUAGAUUAUCCAAGCGAUUUCAACAUUCAAACUAGAAGUUCCCUUUAAUUUACUUAUAAUCAUGCAAAGUUUUGCAAAUCCCAUAGGAUCUAUGGCAUAUUCAUUAGAUUGCUUUAUAGUUUCUUUUACAAAUAUUGCAAUAAUUUACUUUAAAUUAAUAUGGAGUUUGAUUAUGGCAGCUAUGUAUUUAAUAUUUUUUUUUCUAUUACUUGGAAUUGCUGUUUCGAUAAAAUUAAUUAGGCUCGAUGUUUCAUAUAUUUCGACUCCGUUUAUCUAUUUAUUCAUUUAUUUAUAGCCAAAUCUGAUAGGGUAAAUCAUCUCACUAUUGUCUUACAGAAGGAUUUCAAAUGAGAAUUGGAUUUAAGGUAAUGUUUCGUAUAGGUAUGACACAAUCUCUCAUUAAAAAUGGAUUUAUUCUUUAUGUAUUCCACUUUUAAUCUUAAUUGGCUGUGUUAUUCCAUUUUUUUUAAUGUUUAGGUUAUUUAAGAAUAAAAAUUAAUUGAAUAGCAUAAACAUAAGGAAAGUUUGGGGAUAUUUAUAUAAUGAGUAUAAAAAACAUGCAUUUUAUUGGGAAAUGCUCAAAGUAAUUGAAAAGGAAGCAAUUAUAAUAGUAUUAAUUUAUUACAAUGAUCAUAUUUAAAUUAAAGCUUCGAUUGUUUUCCUAAUAUUAUUUUAUUACAGCUUUUUAACAACUUCAUAUAAACCAUAUGCUACAGGACAAUUAAAUCGCUUGGAUACUCAAUCUACAAUUAUUUGUGCAAUUUCAAUUAUCAUGGCAAGUUGUAUUUAUACUGCUUAAUAAUAAGGAUUAAAAGAAAUUAUUUUGCCUUCUUAUUUUGUUAUGGGUUUCAUAAAUUCUUUGUAUAUAAUUUAGAUGAUUAUACAAAUUGUCUUAUCCUAUUUCAAAAGAUUAGACCUAUUAAUCGAUAAAUUUAAAGAAAUUAUUUUGAAAAAUUUUCCGCAUUUCAUUUAAUAGCACCCUAAAAUUUAUAACAUUUUGGAAGGGAAAAAAUAAAAGCAAUUAAGAGUUAAAAUAAAAUAUAAGAAACUGAAAGUUUAUCUUUUGGCUUAAGCCAGGAGAAUCUUGCAAUUCAAAAUGCUUAAUGAAAACCUUCUCUCAAAUCAAGUAAGUUUAAAGGGUUUUGAGUAAGAAUAAAAUUAAAUUAUAUCUCCAUAAGCAAAAAGCAUCUAAAGUGAGGUUGUCUUGAACACAAGUUAGUUAAUCUCAGAAAGAAUAAACCAAAAUCCAAAAAGCUUUGAAAAUUAAUAAAAGUCGAUAUUUAGUGCAUUUAAAAGAGAGAAUAAUUAAAGGGGAAGAAAAUAUUCAUCCCCUAAAACCUGA